GCGGCCCGGCGACGCGCGCGCUUUGGCCGCAUACACAGCGCCUGGACGACGGCAGGCGACACGGAUCGCUGUCAACAUCAUAAAUAUCACACAGCAGUCGACCAGCAAGUGAGCGCUACUGGAGAUGGCUAGGUGGCGCCCUGAGUCUAUUUGAUCUCCCUGGCUCAAUGCCCCCGCGCGCGCGAAGCGAUGGCCCCGGCGGCGCGCGCGCGCUCGGACGCGACAGAGCUGUCACGCGCGCCGCCGUUCGCCCGUCGCCGCGCCGAAACUGACCCCUCGUCCCCCGCGCAGCGCCUACGGCGGCCCGACCAGUUCCCUAAACGGCAGCGGCCCCGUCGCCCACGAGACCGAGGCGCGGCAAUUGAGAAGGAAGGCCGAGACGCUGUUGAGGGCCGGCGGCGCGACGCCCGAGAACGCCUUUUCAUUAGCAUUGGAUUCCUUUUUCGCCGGUAGAGGCGCACCAGAGUCGGAUAAAGCGCUGGUCAAGGCCUAUGCGGUGGAAUUACAACAACGAGAGUCCGUAGAUGUCGCGUACACGGCGGCGUUGGACGCUUAUUUAAAUGGCGCCGCCGCGUUCCGCGCGCAACGAGGAGCCCCGGGCCCGCCCGGGACACCACCACCAAAAGUCGGGUCCAUCGACGCGUCGUCGCUCAUGACGCGCGCCGAGCGGCCGGCCAUGAACUCGCCCAUGGCGUCGAAUCGAAGGCGGGCGCAGCCCGCUGAUCAGGCAGAAUUGCAGCAAGCCGCGCAGCCCGACGUGAGCAUGGGCGAGGAGGUCGACGAGGACGAGGAUGAUGAAAGUGCCGGUGAUUUCGACCCUUACUUAUUUAUGAAGCAUCUCCCACCCAAGUCAGCGGCGUGCCGGGAAGGCUGGGACGCGGCGCACCCGCGGUUGCCUCCUAAUCAAACGAGGAAGCCCGUCACACUCGUGCUGGAUCUCGACGAGACGCUAGUGCAUUCUCAGAUGGAGCCGAGGACCGACGCGGACUUCGUCUUCGACGUCCAGCUGUGCGGCGUGACUAGCACGGUCUACGUGAAGGCGAGGCCGCGCAUGGCCGAGUUCCUGGAUUAUGCGUCGGAGCGCUUCGAGGUCGUGAUAUUUACGGCGUCGCACCGGGCCUAUGCCGAGACUUUGCUGGAUAAGAUCGAUCCUAGGAGGACGAGGAUCCAACAUAGACUAUAUAGGGACGCGUGCGCUACCGUAGAUGGACUGUACCUGAAAGAUCUAGACGUUCUUGGGAGAGACUUGUCGAAGGUCGCGAUAGUGGACAACACGCCGUACGUGUUCGGCUUCCAGCCGGACAACGCGAUCCCCAUCGAGUCGUGGUACGACGAUCCUCAAGAUAGGGAGUUGGACGACCUGCAGCCGCUGUUGGAUCGGAUGCGCGACGCGCGCGACGUGCGGCCUCUAUUGGUCGAGGCGUUCGGCAUGCGGCGGCGCAUCGAGGACGCGGACGACUCCAUGCUCCAGGAGGGCUGGGUCGCGUCCUGAUUGUCUCGUUUCGUUCUCUCUCGGCAUUCGUAGUUUAUUUCGCGCGUGUAACUAUGGGUCUCUUA